AUGCUAUCACAUCUGCUGGGCGAAUCACGAAAUAGUCUGACAGGUCUGUCAAUUCCUGCGAAUGCAUCAAGCAUUUCCUCAUCUGCCGUACUACUUGAACAACACAAAGAAAACAUCCAGCCAUUACCACAAGGACGAUUAGCAUCAAAAUUAUCAGAUGGUUUCAAAGCAGCAACACAGGCAACGUCUUUACACAGCCAUAAAUUAAGACUACAACAAGAAAGAGAACAAUUUGAAAUGCACCUAAACCUGGUCGAUGAAUUAGAUGAUCCACUACAAAUAUUUGUUGAUUAUAUCAAUUGGAUUCAUUAUAAUUAUCCCCAAGGUGCUAAUGUUGACAGUGGUUUAGUAUUACUAUUGGAAAGAUGUACAUCAAGUUUAAGAGAUAUACCAAGUUAUAAAAAUGAUGCAAGAUAUUUAAAAGUUUGGCUAGAAUAUGCCAAUUAUUCUGAUUGUCCUCGUGAUAUCUAUGUAUAUUUAGCUAAAAAGGAAAUUGGUAAUCAAUUGGCAUUAUAUUAUGAAUCUUUUGGUAAUUAUCUCGAAUUAAAUAAUAAACUCAAUGAUGCUAAUCAAAUAUACCAACUAGGAAUACAAUCAAACGCGCGUCGUAACCGUUCUAAUGUUUCUAGGAUAUUAUUGAAGGUUCGAUCUAACCUACGACCUUUACAUACAAUUCAAGCAAAUUCCCAACAAGUAGUAAGAGAUGUAUUGGCAAUUAAAUCAGGAACUGGCAUUAUUCGUUCACGAGAACAAGAAGAACAGGAAGAUCAACAAGACCAACGAAGGAAAAAACAAAAAUUGGAUGUUUUUAAAGAUACAGAUCAAGAUCAAAAUCAAAGCGUGCUAUAUUCCAUAUUUGGGAAUUAUACUAAAGACGAAGAUUUGCAAUUGGGUUCAACCAAAAGAUGUUCAAGUAGUUCAAGUAGCACUUCCAAAAUCAAUGUAUUUAGGGAUUCGGGAAGUCCCCCUACUCCUCCACAGGAUGAAAUCAUUACGAAAGUGAACGUUGAGUAUGAUGACAAGCAAAUGGCGUAUACUAAGAUAGAAGUGACAGGAAAGAAAACCGAGAAGGUGAUGGUGAAUAUGGACUUGGUUUAUCAAUCUGAUAAUGAAUAUACUUUUGAAGAGAUUCUUGCAUUAUCUAGAAGACAUACCAUACAAAAUAAAUAUACCCCAAAAGAAAAGGGGUUGAAACUUCAACCACGGAUCAUAGAAGAGGAAGAGCCACAAGACCAAGAAUUAAGGGAAAUUCAAGAUCAAAAUACUCAGACUUUAGUUAUUCCCGUUCAAGGCAUAGAUGAUACUAUCGGAGCUGAUCACAUACCCCGAGAACCAACUAUGACAAUGUAUUCCAAAAUGGCAGAUAAUGAAGUCGCAUUUAUGUAUCGUGGUGGCACUGCCGAAUCUGAUGAUGAAGAAUUGUUAGCCCCAGUUCCGGAAGAAACAAACUAUGAUGAAUUUGUUACCGAAACUCUUACGAUUCCAGGUAUUAAACAAGAACAACCAAUAGAAUCACACCUUGAUACCAAGAUCACUCCCCCCACAGAUCAAGAACAGGAUUAUACCAACACAAGUUCCCCAUUCAUAGACCAUUCCCCAGAAAAAGCAACCAGUUCACAGUUAGUCAAUCCUUUUGAUAACUCAUUAAAACUGGAAUUAUUGGACAACUUACCAAUUCCAUUAUCAGCAUUCCUGGGCUACCAUGAUAGAUCUUCUCAACCUCCUAUCCACCGCAUGAAGAAAUUCAGAGAUAUAACAGCUGCCAAAACCAAAAAAAUCAAUCGUGGAUCACAACAAGCCAUCAUAGAUUAUUGCGGUGACGAAAUAUAUUGUCUAAUCCAUGAAUUGGGCCAAGGCGGAUAUGGAUACGUCUAUCUAAUCGAAAAUGGAUCUGAUGGUACUUUGAAAGCACUCAAGAUAGAAUCACCAAGUUCAAAAUGGGAGUUUUAUAUCCUUCAUAUAAUCCAUCGUCGAUUAGUAAACCAACGACAAUUAUCAUCCCGAUUCAUACAUGCUGAUUCAUUGUUCUAUUUCAGGGAUGAAAGUUUCCUCAUCUUAGAUUAUUAUAGUCAGAGUACCUUACUUGAUGUCGUGAAUUAUUAUAAAACCCUCGAAAACCAAAACAUUCCUGAGGUUUUAUGUGUCUACCUAACGCUAGGAUGGCAACAAGAUUGGAAUGAUCAAUAUAUGCCUAAUGAUCCAGCAUGGGCCAAGAAGAGUAUAUCGUUAAUCGAUUUUGGGAGAGGGAUUGACCUAUCCCUAUUCCCCAAACAUACGAGAUUCAUAACUAAGAAUAUGAAAGUCGACGAACAAGAUUGUGUGGAGAUGAAUGAGGGUUUGCCAUGGACUUAUGAGGCUGAUUAUUAUGGAUUGGCGGGGAUAGUUCAUACCUUGUUGUUUGGGACCUAUAUCAAGGUUCAGAAAUCGAGUAUGGGACAUGUGUCAUUAAGAGCAACCUUUAAGAGAUAUUGGCAGACUGAGUUAUGGCUGGCGUUGUUUGAGAUGUUGUUAAAUCCAUAUGAGGUGGGCACUACCGUGCAUGAACCAAAAAUGGAGGAACUUAGAAGGCAUUCUCUUUACAAACUCCUUACCAACCACGUAUUAAGGUCUUUUGUCUUAAACUUUACGAUUAUUCAAAAUUUGGAAACUGGUCUUAAUUCGAUUAAUAAAAAGCGUCUUAUAUGA